UCCAGUUUUAACGUUUAAACAGUAUUUUUAUAGAGAUCCUAUAGACCCGGUGCAGUAGGCUGACUUGACCCAAUCUGGUCAAGAUCUUGUAAAGUUAUAAAACGAACCUGAAUUGUUCUUAGGUAUUCUUAUUAUAUACGGGAGCUCGGUUUUUACAUAUCCUGACAUUUAUUUUACUUAAGUUUUAGAAGAUAGUGAUUUUUACCCAAUCUGGUCAGAGUGAUUCAAUUUGGUGCUUGACCAAAUCCGGUCUCAACUUAUGUUUCUUUGAGAUCUAUGUAUAUUUGUAUUUGUAUCAUUGAAAAAUAAUUGUAACCAUACAACAUGUAAUAUAUAUCUGAACUUAUUGAUUUUGUCAGCUUAUACAUUCAGAAAUCUUAAAGGUGUCCUAUUUGAAACCAUGUGCCCAUUUUAAAUAGGUUUUCAUGUUGCGACUCUCUAGGUUCAGACUUACAGCUUGGACUGCGAGUAGUCUUGCCAGAGACGCCAGUCAUCUAUUUGAGGGCAAGCGCAACAAUAUAAUAAUUAUACAUUAGUACAACUCAUUCAUAUUGUAAUAUUGAAGAAAGCUAGUGCUAGAAGUUCACGGCGACCUGACUUAGAUAAUGCAGAUCAAUUGUUAUGUUUGAGAAAGGAUCUUAUUACACAUAUUAAGAGAAUAGCGCAGGUAUGUGCCACUAUCUUUACAUGUAGCUCAUAUAACACAUAAGAAAAAGAAGAGGACGAAGAAAAUAUUUUAAUUUGCUAGGCAUAUGUCUGGGAUCCCGAUGAAUAAUCUUUAUAAAUAGCAAGCUUAGAAACCCAUUUCACAAUGAAUAAGAAUGAAAUGUAAUUAGUUGGAGUUUACGAUCUUAAGUUGAUUUGUGUUUGAUUAUUUUUUACGAUAUGUUCUAAGUGAAAUAUUUAUAUACUGUCUAAUUAUUACAUACUCUAAAAUAGUUUGUAGAGAAAAGACGGGGAUUUGUCUUAUAACGAACGAUGAAAGUAUUCCCACUAAGUCCGGAACUGAGAUCUGGGAAGUAUUAUGCUUGUGGCGUAGACGUUUGUGAAGAGGGCAUACAGUUUUGUAACACUGAUGAGAGAAGAUGUGAAUAUUGUACAGAUCACCAUCAAGAUUGUUUUACUUAUGCCCAACAACAGAACUGCACUCAAUAUUGCCAAGAUCAAUGGAGGAAAGCCCUGCUUGACAACUGCACUGUUUGCGAAGCUAUAGAAUGUGAAGAUAAUUACAAAAUCGCAUUUUUCACAUUGAUAGGACUAUGUGUAACUAUAAUUGUAAUCAUAACUGUCUGUUUCUGUAUCCCGUGUUUUCGCGAAUGGAUAUGUUCACAAAUAAGCAAAUUUUUCAAAAGUAGUGCAAUAAAUCAUCACUUUCAAGGCCUUCGUAGCGGAACAGCAGCACCAUUUCUUCCAACAUUCCCAGGCGGUCAGCAUCGCAAUCCGUUGAGCACUGCUUCAGGAGCAAGUGUUAUCAACAACGGUUUUCCUGCAACCUCACCUGCAGUUGCUCAACCUCACCUUCCCAACAACCAUCGUCCAGAAGCAGACGGCAUAUCACACCAUGGACGCUCGGAAAGUGAAGAGGCGAAUCCACACCGUAGACGUACAGCCUCUCAACAAAGAGCUGAUGCGUCAACCUCUAGUGCAUUGCGAGGAGAUGAAGUCCCACCGGCACAGGUUUUAACCAAAUCAAAAAGUAAGUCGGCUGCGUCUGCAUCCAAGACGAAGUAUGAUAAUAGAGUGAAAGCGCGAGAAGAAGAAAGUAUCCCAUUCCUUAAGAAUGUGCCUAACGGUAGUUUACGUGGAAAGAGUUUCAAUGACAACAGUGUAACAUACGCUAAGAAUUUGAUCCGCCGUCAAAGUGAUGAUAAUGAGAGAAAUCAAAGUGAUGAUAAUGAGAGAAAUCAUUCCCCACAUCACGAGCUGUCGAACCUCCACAGUAGCGGUUACAGAGCUUUGCCACCAGUGUAUUCGGCGAGUGCGGACACAGGGUAUGACUCGGCUUCUGCUGGACAGGGGUCUAGGCGGUAAAUUGUUUGAGUGAUUAAUCUUUGAAUCAUUAGUUAGUAAAACACCAGGCUAGGUAGUUAAUUGUACCACAUCACUGACAUAGUUUUAUUGCAUUUCGUUUGAAUAACAUGAUAUAAAAUGUUGAGCUUUUGCAGUUUAAGAGUUGAUUCUGAAUUCAGUUUUAAUUAAAAGUGAAUUGUUAUUUACUUAUAGGAAUGUUUAUUUAAUGAUUGAUUUAUGACAAAUUUGGCAAAAAAGAGCAGUGAAUUGAAUUUCAAAUGCAUUCUGACAUAAACACUCCUUCUGAAACAGUUAAUUUCAAUUUUAAUUGAACCUUCUUAAAUCGGUUCGAGUGUUAACAUUAUAUUUUAUUGUACUUGUUCAUGACAUCUACUGUCUUGUUUAUCGUUUUAUUAAUAUUUUACUUGCUUUACGUUGCCAUAGUGAUGGGUUAUGUACUGGUGUGCAAAAAAAACUAACACCUCCAUCCCUACUGAUGAUCUUAUCUUAUAAUGAGCAUCCAUGUUUAGAAAAUAGUACAAUCUGUAAAAAGAUUCUUUGGAAGCAAAGAAUGCAACCAAGAAGUAUAUUAUGAAUGUAUAUGUAAUGUAUAUGUAAUUCAGUUGUAAAAAGCAACUUUGAUGAGAUUAUAUUAUCAAACAUACUUAAAUAUCAUUAAGCUUAACUUGUGGUGUUCAACUUUGUAUGCUGGUCUUAUAUGGUAUUUUUUCACAUUUUAUUGUCAAUUUUUACUCAUUUCUAUCAUCGUUGUAUUGCCAUAUCAUCUGUGAUAAAUAUAUUUUUAUUAUCAUUUUUUAAAAAGGGUACACUUUUAUUAUCUACAUUUUAUAUACACACAUAUACCUACAUGUAGCUUAUCAUGCAUACAAAUGUAUUAGUAUUUCUUGGUUCGUUAAAACGCACGCUGUUUUUAAUUGUUAGCCGUCACGUAAAAUGAACAAUCUUUCAGACAGACGUUUUGCAAGAAACAAAGUUAAGUGCAAAUACAUAAAACCAAACUUGUGUCAUACAUGUAUAUUUUAAAAUGAAGUAUGCCUGAUACCUAUAGACAGAUAUUUAAUGAAUUUUUUCUACAGAAAUGUUUAAAAAGUCAUUCAUAUUGGUUGAUGAAGACUCAUAUAUUACCUUGUAUACGAACCAUUCUUUUCCCUUGUUCAGUCUUUCUUUUUUAUUACUUGUGGUGUUAACUGUACCUUUUCUUUUGUUUCCGUUAAGAUUUAGAUUAUUAAACCAGCCUGUAAAUGAGCCGCGUCAUGAGAAAACCAACAUAGUGCGUUGCAACCAGCAUGGUUUCAGACCAGCCUGCACAUCCGCGCAGCCUGGUCAGGAUCCAUGCUGUUCGCUAACGGUUUCUCUAAUUGCAAUAGGCUUUGAAAGCGAACAGCAUGAAUUAUGACCAGACUGCGCGGAUGCGCAGGCUGGUCUGGAUCCAUGCUGGUCGCAAACACAUAUGUUGGUUUCCUCAUGGCGCGGCUCAAAUAUUAAAUGUAGGUACGACAUUUUUGUUAAUAAUUUCACAGGUAUAAGAAUAGACUGCUGUUUAACAGGGGCAUUAUCAGCUUUACCUCAUAUAAUAAUAUCAUACUACAUAUAUUAACAAUAAAAUCUUGUAAUACAUAGAA